CUUGUUAUUGUUCAUGGCGUUUUAUGACUUGUCCCUUUAUAUUGCCGAUUAUGUCGAGUUUUUUCGCGAUUUUUGCCGCACGCUGUGUGCAUAAAGUGAAGUAAGGGCAGCGCGUUCUAUUUUGUAAGAAGAUAAGUGUGUUGGUGCUGUGUCUCAGUGUAAUUUGAAAGCGAGAAAUCCCGCACGAAGUUGGAAAGAAAUGGGUAGGCAACGGUGUUAGAGAGACGACGUUGGGGCGGUUUGGCACAGAGACGUGGCCAUUUCGGUGGACUAACAGACAGUACAGCAGUACUUUAAGAAGUCCCCAGGCUCCCCGGGUAGUUAUGUGAUUGAUGGUUGUCAUGGCGGCAGACAGCGAUGGUGAUCUGAUCGAGACGGUGGUUACGUGUGAGGGGGAUCUCGGGGACCCAGAAUUUGCACACAAAUUCAAAGUUAUUGUCGAGCGGCUCGAAACCCUGCUCUGUCAAGAAAAGGGUGAGAGCUUGCGUGUCGAUAAGGUGGAGCCAUGGAACUCUGUAAGGGUAACAUUUUCAAUUCCAAGAGAGGCUGCGCUGCGUCUAAGAGAAUUGGCAGCCCAGGGUUCGGCGACUCUCACACAGCUUGGCAUUCUUUCCGUUCAAGUUGAAGGAGAUCAGGUGAUAUCUCUGAGGAUUGCCAGUCGCUUUGGUGGAGAAGCACAAGAAAUAGUUUUGCGUUCUGGAUCCACUCAAGAUGGGGGCUCCAAAGCUCAAGGCGAAUCUGCCAUCGAAGUCUCUCACACGGAAACUGAUUCUUCAGCAGCUGUUGCCGGACCCAGUAAUGCAUCCAGUAUUUCCUCAGCCUUAUGCAAUGUCGCACAAAUAAUAGCUGCUGGUGCUUCGGGAGAAAAGGCUCCUCAGUUUCGAUCGCCGAAUGUCGUAGCUCCGACGGAUUGCGAUCCAAUUCCACCCUUUCUCGCAAAAUCAGCUCAACCAACCCCAGGGAGUAGCACCAGUGGCAUUUCCGGCAGCCAAUCCACGACGACAUCAGGCACAUCACCGAGAAAUAACUACAACGGCCCGUUUCCGUUCGCUAGCAUGACACAUGCCGCCCAAGCUGUACACAGCCGCGAAUCCCAAGCUGCCGGUGCUGUUAAAAAUGCAGUGCAAUUUAAGCAUCAUACACAACCACCGCCACCAUAUCCUGCACAAGAUAGUCUGAUAACGGUAACGUCGCUGAACACUAGUCACACGACAUCCCUGCCGGUGUCAGUGGGCCAGUUGACGAAUCAAUACAAACAGGUCAAUGCCACGGUGACGAGUUUGUCGUCGACUAAUGACAGCAGUUUGUCCAACAACCCUAAUGCCAGUGGUAAUCAAGUUGCAUUGUCGAGCCCGCUAUUGGUCAAUCUCUUACAAAAUGACGGCAGUUCACAUUCCAACAACGUGAUGACCAGUCAGAAAAUGCUACCUCCAGCCACUGUGGAAAGUGCAGGAAACGUGAACCGUAUAAGGCCGACUAAGAAGCCGAUUGCCAGGAGGAAAGAUAAUGUUAACUCGCCAAACGAUUCACCGCCGAGUUUGGAAUCGUUGAGAACAGAAGAUUUACUGGGGGCGUCGAGCAUUGUUCCAGACUUGACGCGGAAUUCUGGACCUUCGGCGUUCGCCACUGUAAAUGUUAACCAACAGACAGCGAUAACUCAACAGCACUCCGGUAAUGUGAUUAGUACAGGACAAACCUUACCUUCGUCGCAAAAUCCCCACCAAGUCUCAAUGGCGAGCCAAAUGCAGGCACCAGCCAUACACAACCAAGUACAAAUACAACAAAAGUUUCCAAUCCGACAAGAACUAGCCUAUCGGCCAUCUCAGGUACGAAUGCAAAAUCAAUCAAUGCCGGUGAAACAUUCACUGAGCAAUCAACAGGUUCGAACUUCUCUCCAGCAGCGACAGCAAUUACUAAUCCAGCAGCAGCAGCUGAUUCAAGCUCAGCAACAAUUGGGACAGCAAAGUGGUAGUAACAAUCAGUUAAUUCAACAACAAGGCGGAGCAACUUCUCAGUCGUCUAUAAUGGAGCAACAGGGCAACAAUUCUCAGGUGCAGCAAGCGGCUGGCAAUCACCAAAUCCUCCAACAACAAAUGAUGCACUCUGGAUCAGGAAUCAAUACCCCUCAGCAAAGGCUGAAUUACUUGGGCAACGUGCGUCAGGCGACUCCUCCACCUUAUCCCAGACAACCGACGCCACAGCAACAGAACCAACAACAGCCGCAGCCUCAAUCGCAGCCAUCGCAUUUAGGGCAGCAGAAUCAGAUGCUAAACGUACAGCAGCAGCUGCACCAUAAUCAGUUAAAAAACAUGAACGUCAAUACAGGUGCAACGACAGAUUUUCGUUAUGGUCAGAGUCAGAAUAUUCUUAGCAGAAACUAUUCCAACGUUACGGGAAACAGUGGAUCGGCUUGGAAUGUUCAAAAUGGCGCUGUUCCUCAAGGUGCUCAAGUCAACACCGCUCAGCGCAAUGUUGUUCCAAGUCAGUCUACUGGAACACUAUCACAAAAUGUGCCUCGAUUAAAUCACGUAACUGCGCCUGCCAGCAUAGCGACGGCGAAUACUGCGGAUGCACCGGAACCGUCUAAGGCCGAGGAAGAGCCUGAACCGGAAUACACGUCGACAGGGAAAGUCAGGCAAUUCUUAAUAAAUCCAUUGACUGGGCUCUUGGAGCCGAUGCCUAGCGAGAGUUCGGAUUCGGAACCAGAGAGUGCGGUCGACAAUCAGGACGAGUUCUUUUCUUUUCCAUCACCGUCUAACGACAGAUCAAAUUCCAUAUUUUCGGACGAUGAUGCGGACAGUAAUUUCUCCAGAAGAAACGACACCACCACAAAUACAGAUCAAUCCGACUCUGAAACGACGGUGAAAUCCACCGCCAGUGAGGGCAGUUUAAAACAUAACAGAAUAAAGUCUAGCAGAGAAUUAGCUCACAGUCCGAUGCCAGGUGAGAAAAUAAAACUGCGUCUGAAACUGGAGAAAUCUGAACCAGUUACACCCGCCUACAAGGUCGAUGUCUCAUUUGUUAACAUGCCACCUGUUAGGAAAGCUGACAAAUCUGUGAAUAAAAUAUUUUCGGCCGGUAUCCAAAGUUCAGGUCCAGCCGGUGAUGAACCUAGAGUGCCUCCGUUACACAUCUCUUUAAGAGGUCGCAACGCAUCCGUAGUUCAAAUCAGAAAAAAGGAAAAGAAAGCUUUGAAGGAGGGUGAAUUUGAGUCUUUAACGAUAAAACGACGCGGUAAACUGAAGAAAAUGAAAGAAUCCACAGACGGUAAUAAAUUGCUUCAAAAAAAGUCAUCUUUAAGUAUGAUUAUCGGUACUUCGUCCGUAUCUAAAUUUCCGUUAUCAAAUUCAACCGUCAUCAACAGCACUAACCCUGUGUCGAAAAUGAACAGUGCCCUUCAAACCGUCAUGAAUAGAGCAAACGCCUCGAAGCAAGAUUCGCCGUUGGAUGGCGCGAAAUUACAGACAGUUAUAGCAAAACCCAGUUCCAGCAAGACCAGCGACGUGGACGACAUACCGCUCAACAGUAGAAUACCAUCACCUGUUAAGCAUAAGUCAACGAUUUUGAAUCCGACUGCAAAUUCUCAGCCGGUUUUGGCCAAAACUCAAUUGGAAACUGAGGUCCAAAACCACACGAGUGAACAUAAAAUCGGAGGAGGCAAGACCAAAAGAAGAGAUUCUAAGAAGAAAUCGGAGACCAGCGACGGCUUAUAUCGUGAGCAAAAUUUAUUAUCUGGUGGGAGGAUUUUGGACAACCAGAUGAAAUGGCGAAAAUUCGGUUAUAAAGGAAAUCCGGGACAACCCAUAAAGAAAACUGAGGCAGCAUUAACCGAAAGUUUUCCACAUAAGGUUAAAAAAGUUGGAGAAGUUCGGAGAACUAGUGAUAGUGACAUUAACAGAACUGUAAGUGAAACAGCCAAUGCCUUGAGCGUAGUGACGUCGAGACUAACUGAAAUUAAUGGAAUCAAGAAAGACCUCGUCAGUCAAGAAAAAAGAAGACGACUGAGUUCGGUGGACGAGAAGGAUCUACGUUUAGCAGAAUCUCAGAAUGCGGAGACGACACAGCUCCACAGCCAUAAGAGUGUUUCCGACGGUGUAACUCAAAAUUCAAAUCCAAAGAUCAAUUCGAGUUUUGACAAUGAGAAUUUUAUCGCAAAUCCUCCGAGCAGCCUUGAAAGUAACCUUGAAAGUAAACCUCCAGCUCCCUGUGCAGUUGACGUUUCAUCUAAAAAUCCACAAGAAAGGUUACCGGAUCAGAUUGCUAAAAUUAAAACUGAGACGGAGAGACUAGGUGCUAAAAUGAAUUCGACCGCUGUGAAUAAGACUCACAACAUCGUUGCUAAGGUGAAAAAUCACGUAUCCGCGAAGAACGAAGUUAACCCGAACUUGAAUAGGCAUAAGGUGGAACAAACGCAUAAAAAGAUUGUUCAGAAUCACGUAAUAAAAUCACAGUCCGAAAGACCAGGGACAGUGACCAAGUUAGAAAACAUGCAACGGAUCAGUCUGUUGAAGAACUCACAGAAUACGCCUGUCAGCAACACCGAACAGCCGAAUAGAGUUCAAAAUAUUGAUUUAUCCGUUAAGCCGAUAUUGCCGAUAGGUGAUAUUAACGUGACGGAGGCAAAAGUCAAGCAGAAAUUGCUCGAAAAUACGGUGCCUGUUGGACUGGGAGUCGAUGCAAGUGCGGAAAGAGUUGGCAAUGGCGGUGGAGGUGAGGAUUCUGGUAUAGAAUCGAUGGACGCGCUGUCGGAAAAAUCACCCAACCAAGGAGAAUCCCCGUUGCACAGACCAACAACCGAGUCCAUACCUCAAUCUACAAAUAAAAACGCGAUUCAGGGUGAAACCCCAAUGCAGACAACCAAUAAGAACGUGCCUUCCUCGACUAGCGAUAGUAAUAUGUGUUCAAACUCGGAAAUUCUGAAAACUGGUGAUCCGAAAAGACUAAGUCCCGUGUCAGUUGCUAGUUAUCUAGAAAAUCGUUUGAAACAUGACACAGCUGGAAACUCAAGUGAGCGUAGUGUUAUUAAUGUGUCUAGUGAAAAAGCAGCGUUUGCAAAGUCGCAGGACAAUGACAAAGCAGCGUCUGCCGCAAGUGCAGAAGUUACGGACAAUGGUAAAAAUAUUGCAAGUCCAUUGGUCACGGCCUCGACUACCGUUGCGCCAAGUUCCGUGCUGACUCAAUCGAGCUGUGACAAACUUUUACAGUGUACAAAUACAGAGAUCAAAGAUGUUUCACUUACGGAUAGUUUUGCAGUGAAACCACUUAAAUUAGAUACUUCUGUUAAUCUGAAUAACCAAAAUGAACUAAACAAAGUAGAUGUUAGUCAUGAACAAUCAAACGUUGUCCAACAGUCGCCCAAUAAGGACUUAAAGACUUCGUUGGAUGACAGUUGUGCAAAUAUUUUAAGCGACAGUCCUAUCGGACAAAAUAACAACAAUGGCGUGCCUGUAAUACAAAAUCAUGUUGCGUAUAGUAAAGUUAAAAACGAUAAAAUCGAACCGACGUUAAUUCAAGCUAAUCUAAAGCCAGAAAAUACAUGCUCAAACAUACAAACUCUUACACCGGAUAUUAAAACUGAACCAAAUUUAGAUGUAAAGUUGCACGACACCAGGCAAGUUGAAUUGCCCAAUAAUUCAGCUCAUCCUUUGAAUUCAACCCUUGGCAAUAAAGUCGAAACAGAUAAGAAUCAGAUGUCCAAUGUACAAACUCAGCAACUCGUGGUUAAAGAAUCGUCACCGGUUUGUUUACACAAGGUGAACGACGAGUUGGUUAAAAAAAUUGUCAGUGACGUUGUGACGGAAACAAAUGUUGGCAUCGAAUCACCGUCAGCGGAUGAUCCUCAGCCGAUUAGAAUUACUCCGCCUCUAUAUACGUACUCCAAUCCAGUAGUUUUGCAACGAGACGAAACCCCCAGCCCAGCGGCGCAUAACCAAGAGGUGGAGACCAGCGAAGUAGAUCAUGCCAAGCGGAAACGUAGAAGAAAACAGGAACUGGAAGGUCGACAAGAUGUGAUAUGCAUAGAAGAUAACGAAGAUUCACAUUUUCUCGAUCGAUUAAACUCAAAUAAUUCGAACGAUUAUGUUAAGCCAAAAUCGCUGUUGGAACAGCUCCUGAUAGAGAUUCCUGCAGAAAAUACUGAAAAAAGAUCACUGAGAACGAGAUCGCAGAAACUGAACAGUCCUGACAUUGUUAAAACGCCGAAAAGUAGUCCACAUGGCCAGAAUAAAAUAGAAGAACGCCGUAGCAUAUCGCCCUAUGCUAAGGCAAGUCCAAAGAUGGGUGCGUCGAAGUUAUCGCCUAAUGUGUCAACGGCCAAAAUUGGUAAGAGAAAAAGACAAGAAAGCGAAAGUUCUGUUGCGUCAAGUACAGCGGAUGAUCCUCAACCCAGACCAGGGAAACGAAAAUGUUCGGAAAAUGCUGCGGAAUUAAUCAAAGCUUAUAUGGGGGUUGAAGAAUGUGGAUCUAAUAAGAAACAAGUAACUACAAAGGAGGAGCAGAGUAAAAAAGUCUUCAACGUACUGCCAAAAGCAAAAAAAGGACCAAUUUUAGUAGAUGUGGAUUCCUCAGAUGACGAACCGCUGAUUGAAAUAGCGGAAAAAGCAAGAAUGCGAAUGUCGGAUGAGGCACCUGCAGCAUCUCCAAAGCCUAGAGAUCCCAAAAUGAAUGCAAGUGGUCCAGUGACGGGAGGUCAAAUUAUUUCUAGCAAUACAUCAAACACAUCAAAUGCUACUAACCGAGUGCAAAGAGAAAGCCGACUAUUGACUACCAAACAGCCACCUAGCGGAGCGUCUGUAUCGACCGGAAAGGAAAGACUUCGAGGAACAUCCGUAUCCAGCAAUGAAUCCAUUGGCGAGAUCCCGACACGCAGGUCGGUGAGGCAAAACACCGCAUCGCCGUUGGCGACUCCUGCUGGUAACACUCGAGGGGCUUCCAGAUCCGUGGAUGACGUUAACAGAAGAAAGACGCGUAGUGGAGCUGUGACAGUCGAGAAGGCGGAGCAGGGGAAAAGGCGACGAAUAUCGCGAGAGACCAAAUGACCUUCGGGGAGCGACCUUGACAGCGAUUAGCUACCGUCGCUAGUCAGGGCUCGUCUGUCUAUUUGUCUGUCUGUUAACAAUGUUAGUUCAAUUGCUGUGUGGCUGGACCCCACCUGGUGACUAUGUAGCAUCAAUAAUAACGCACAAUGUCAAUACAGUGUUGCCCGAGUGUACAGUAACUGGACUAGUGUUGGAUGGCGAGUAGUAACGCAGAUUUCACCCUUUUCCUCCUCAAUACCUGGAUAAUAAGUGAGCGUCUCCUUCUUUCCAUAGCUUAUUUGUCAAGGGAACAAAAUUGUUAGACCAUUUGUUCCGAAUAGUGGAUUACGCGGCACCGUAAUCAUUUCAGCCUACUUCAGAUAGACUUUCUUCUUAAAUUUUAAUUACAAUUUUCCUUCUUUUCGGUCUUACAUCAAGUCGAUGUAUCAAUGUCGGUUCUAUUUCAAAACUCAAUGAAUUCUAUUCCGCUAAUCCUUCAGCGGCUUUGCCGCCAAUGUAAAAUUUCAGAAUAGAUAUUCUCCUGAGAUUCUAUCUAAAAUGCUUCACCAAAGUGUGAAAUAAUUGUAUUUAGGAAACUAUAUAAAGUCGAUUCAACUUCACAUGACUUUGUGACAUGAAAUAAUAUCUUGGAAAAAGAAAAUCGUUGUGUAAAAAACUUUUGUCCAGUGAAACUAGUUAUCUUACUAUAGAACUCUAUUCUGCCUUGUAUUAUACGCUAUCCAGCACUCUUCCAUUUGCCUCACCAUUCGGUAGUACUAUUUAGUAAUUUAGAUUAACUCCGACUUAUUGUAUGCUAUUCGAUUUCGCCAGUGAUUACAUCACACGGAAGAAUCCUAACAAUGCCUAGUCUACGUGGGUUCUAUCUCUUUGAAUCUUAAAUGAUAUUGCCUCUUGUAAAGACGUCUCGAGUACCAGAGUGGCGCAAAAACAUUCAGACAUGUACCAAUAAUUCGCUAGCCCCGAUCUCUUGUUUUAAAUUUCAAAGGAUAUCACACUCAAAAUUGAAAAUGUACGGUAAAAAAUUUUCUACUAUAUUGCCCAGGUAUCCAAGGCAUCUGUUUUGCUCAUUUUAGUAUUCGUCUAACACAAUUUCCGAACGUAACGCUCCAUGAUGAAUAUGAAUAUGAAUUUGAAACUGUCAUUACUGCCGUAACAUGGUGAAUCAACUGUACACUUGUGACAAAAUAAUUAUUUCUAUUUUGGUUUAGGUGAUGAUUGUUUAGGUAUCCUUUGCCAGCAGACUGUGUUUAUAGUUGUCUAAUCAAUAAGGAUUUCUUGUUAAUUUAUUUUGUUAUUGUUCAUACUAUAUUAUUAAAUAUAUUACUAUCGUAACGGUUACAGUUGUAAAAAUCUAGAAACAUAUAUACGUGUAUAUACCAUUCUUUUCAUAUUUUUUUUUUUUUUUCUACUUUCUUUUUCUCACCCAGUUACUGGCAUCCAGCAUCUAUUUUCUAUGUAAUCAACAUAUACGACAAAGAUUCUGAGAUAUUGGCCAUAUCUUUGAUUAUAGCAUGUAAAUAAAAUA